CAGAGCGACUAUGUUCUGCCUGAUAGAGUUCUGUUGAUAUCUGACAGACAGGGGGAGAGCUGUGACUGGCUGUUAAGACUCAAUGACUCAUCAACAGGUAAACAGCUGAUUGAGCUCCAUGACACUUUCAUUUAUUUAUUUUGUGUAUUUCAGGUCCAUGCAGAUAAAGAGUCCUCUUUGCAUUCACUGACUUUAGACCCUUCAGGACUUUUCCUGUGUCAGGUCUUGUGGAUCAGGAUUAUGGGACCUCCGGUGAUUCAAGGGGCUCCAGCUGUACCAAAGAUGGGGGUCCGGGCUCGAGUGUCUGACUGGCCUCAAAGGAGGGAGGUCUGGGAUGCUCAGCCCCCCCCUAGAUAUGACAAUCUGGUCCAGAACUUCCUGAAAGGACCUCAACAGAGUAGAUUAGAGACCAGAUACCCCUUCUGGGAGCUCCUGAGUCACUCACCCAGCAGGAGGAUGAAGAGGAGUAACAGCGAGGGGACCAUCAGUGACAUCGAAGAUCUGGAUCCUACAGCCAUCAACCCGCACACACAAGCCAGUCUGAGUCGAGAGUAUGGCAGCACCUCGACUCUUGACCAACCUGGUCAGAGUGCACCGCCACCUCUCCCUGAACCUUCAUACCUCAAUGCCUUGCCAUCAUCCAGCCUGCAGACUGCAGCUCAGAUUGCCCGUGGGGAAAUGGUCUAUGUAGCAGGACACAGACCUCAGCAGACAGAGGCGUCCCUCUUUAGCAGACUGAGAAGUCCAAGAGGGGUCAGGGAUCAGCAGCAGGAGGUCAGGUUCAGUUUCUCUCAUUAUGACGUUCAGAGCAUCUUCUUCAACAUCAGCGAGUCUUCCGACCCCCAAACAAACCUCAGACACAGGAAGACCACCUCUACUGGUGCCUGGGCAGGGUCAUCACGGCAGGAAGCUGCUGAUCCCGCGGUGGACGUCACAGCAAACACGUUCAGGAGUGACGAAGAUGGCGGUCUGGUGCUCAGCUGUCCGUUCUUCAUUAACGAGACUGGAGGAGAACCAGAAAAUAAGCUGGGCCUGACCAGGGCCAACAGCACCCCAGGAACCCAGUCAGUGUUCAACAGAACCUGCUCCAACGCUGGCCUGUCUGUCUUGGAAGUCUGCAGUGAAAAUCUGUUCCCUCAAAACCUGGUGAAAAACUACGACAUCGAACACUUCGACCUCGGAGCCAAAUACUAUCUGAAAUACUUCUACAACAGAGAUCACCAGAAUUAUUUUGCCGUUGAUGAAAACUUUGGUCCGGUAGCUGUGAGUAUCAGACGAGAGAAACUGGAGCAUGAGAAGGAUGGGACGCAGUACAACUACAGGGUCAUCCUCAGGACCAGACAGGUAAACUGGUCCACUUCGGUCCACGUCAGUCCACUUCACUACUGAUACAGUUUGCUAUCAGCAGCCUCUAGUGGCCUUGAGACUUAGGGGCAUCAGCAGCUCAGUCUGUAGGG